AUGACUACUACAAGUAACUUUUUUGCAAAAACCUUAUUUUAUGUAUUUCAUCUUAAUACUAAUAACAACUUGACUUUUGUUCUACCUUUUCAAUUUCUUAUUCACUACAAUUUUAUUACACCACACUAA